UAACUCUCUAGAUCCGGACCAGGUAUUGGGCAGGGGGGACGCCGGUCAGGAAGAGUCUCCCACAACCACCCUGUUGUGUAGGGAAGAGUCGGCGACAGAGCUUUGUAUCCUGGGAAUGCUAAGGGUCUCUUCUCGCCACCGCGUCUUACCCUACCCUUCGGAAGACAGUGCACUUUGACUUGCCUCGUCUAGUUACCUCUACCAUCCUCUACCAGCCGCAGAUUCGAGGGCUGGAGGUAGAAAACCGUACAAAACGGCCUCGGCGGCGCGUGCCGACCCAUCCUCCACCCAGUGGAGUCCAGGCAGCUGACUGGGUGGGUGGAUAGAAGGUCUUAAACUAUGACUUUACAGAAUGCCCUGUUUGUGGAGGCACCAAGGUACUAAGAAGUACAGCUUUUUUGCGUUUGUCCACGCAUUUAACAAACAUUUAUGACCGUCUAUGGGCUGGAUGUGGGCUAAGUAAGGUUCCUUGGGCUCUUCUGAGGAUCCAGCUUUUGGCCCUGACUAUAAAUCUUAACAGGAUAGGGAGACAAAUAAUAUAUGAACCAAAUGUAAUUCUCUGCGGGGAAUAAAUAGUUUAGAAGAGUCAGAGCUCAGAGUCUGAGAGAAGGGACAUUGUGGUAAUGGGGAUGGUUCUUAAACUGGGCCUUGAAAGACUUGGAGACUUGAAAAAAAGACUCCUUGGAAACACCCAAAGAAGGAAAAGUCAGGGACCCUGUCAUAUUCCAAGGUACUGAAGAGUUCAGACUUCAACAAAUGGAACUGGGGAAGACCCGAUUCAGCCCAUAACAAGUAGUAUAAGCCUAUUAUUUGGAAAUACAGAAAGAGGUAAACACCAGAAGGCAUAGCCAAGAAGCCAAGAGGGCCGAUCAUGGCUGCCUUUCUGCAGGGAGCCUGGAAGGUGGCAUAUGAUAAGGCAGUGUCAAAACUAGAAGACUGAAAUGCAAGGAAUCUUGGAGACAAGGGCUUAAUACAGACUGUCCUGCCUAGAGUUUCCUGCGCUGGUGUCCCGGAACUGUUGGGCUGGUGUGCAGUUGUUCAGCCUGCUCUUAAGUCUGACAGGAUCUUGGGGUGGCCUUCCUGACGCCCUUCAGAGCACACACAUCCAGUGACCUCUGAGAGUUGUAGAGGACUCAUUGAUCAUGACUUCUAUAAAGGAGCAGGCAGCAAUUGGCAGGCUUUUAAGUUUCUUACAAGAGUGGGACAAUGCUGGCAAAGUCGCAAGGGGUCACAUCCUCGACAAUUUCGUUGAAACCAACCAAGGCAAGACUGGCCCUGAAUUGGAGCAUGAAUUUUCCCAAGGAGCCAGUUUGUUCCUUGUACGCUUGACCACCUACCUUAGAAUCACAUAUAUGACUGGCUUAGGUUUAGAAAAGCUCCUGAGAUCCAUUGGCAUCUUCUUAUCAGCUGUGAGCAGUAAUCGAUACCUGAUAGAAUUUCUUGAGGUUGGAGGUGUCCUAACACUCUUGGAAAUACUUGGGCUAGAGAAGAUCAAGGAAGAGGACAAGAAGGAAUCCAUCAAGCUUCUGCAGUUUAUUGCAAACUCUGGCAGGAAGUACAAGGAGCUCAUUUGUGAAAGCUACGGUGUACGAUCUAUAGCAGAAUUUUUGGCAAAGUCUAAGUCAGAAGAGACCCAGGAAGAAGUGCAGAUUCUGCUGGAUUCUUUGGUCCAUGGUAACCCCAAGUACCAGAACCAGGUAUACAAAGGUCUGAUAGCUUUGCUGCCCUGCACCUCCCCGAAAGCUCAGCAGCUGGCCCUGCAGACUCUCAGGACUGCUCAGUUGAUCGUCGGAACCACGCACCCCAGCAUCGUGGACUGUGUGCUGAAGGUGCUGGGCACGAUGCACCUGGAAGUCCAGUACGAAGCCAUUGAGCUCAUAAAGGUCCUGGUGGACUAUGAUGUGCGCUUGCCACUGCUCAAGGGCCUGGUGGCACUGCUGAUCCCAUCAGUGAAGGAUGCCUCCCAACAGCACGCCAAGAUCCUGACUGCAGGCAGCGGCCGCCAAAGCUAUUGGGGUCCUGGCGCGCGGCAGCAUGAGCAUCGCCCAGGAGAUGCUGCACCUGCACGUGGUGCGCAGCCUGAUGGCCGCCAUGGGCAACACGGACCACACCAACAGCCAGCGGCUGGCCAGCCUCACACUGCAGGUACCCGGGUCCUGGCGGGGCUGCGGGGAUGCAGCCAAGCAGUUAUGGCCACGCUCACGGUCACACUGCCCUGCCUGCUCGUGGGUCAGUUCUUCGUGCAGACGUUCCCAGUGGUGGAGGAGCACGUGCGAAGGUCCAUGGGGGAGGAACUGUACCAGCUCUUCCUUAGCCAUGGUGAAGACUUGUACAUGGAAAUAGACAGCAUUCAGGCGGACAUCCUGGUGGUCAACCAGGUCAAUGUUGUCCAAGCAUUAGACCUCUAUGACAUCUCCAGUGGCAACUUGAACUUUUUUUGCGGCCCUGGGGAUCCCAGUCAGAUGGCCUAUGUCACAGACUUCCAGAAGGAUGGUGCAGAAUCAAAGGAGUAACAGAGCUUCGGGAAGCCCAAGGCUGUGUGACAGGAAAGCCUGGGGUCGAGCCCGAGGCUAUUCUACCCAGCCCCAGUGGAAGGCUGGGGGUUAGGCCUGCAGUGGGGCAGAAGGAGAGCAAUUAUGGGAAAGAGUCCAAUAAACAGUCUUGCUUGCUA